UGACUCCCUGGCUACUGCGUUUAUGUCAUUAUUAGACUCCAUUGGCUUCAGUCAGGGUGUACAUGAACCCACUCACUGUUUUAACCAUACCCUCGAUCUAGUUCUGACGUAUGGAAUUGAAAUUGAUAAUCUAAAAGUCUUCCCACAGAAUCCCUCGCUAUCGGAUCAUUAUCUGAUUACUUUUGAUUUCUUUUUACUGGAUUACACGCCACUCAGCAACAGUUACUAUACUAGAUGUUUAUCAGAUAGUGCUGUCGCAAAAUUUAAGGAAAAGAUUACUCCGUCAUUAAAUUCAAUACCAAGUCCCUCAGUAACAGAGGUUUCCUGUACCGACUUUGAUCAUUUUGUCGAUAGCGCUGUAGGCUCGCUGCGAACAACACUUGACUCUGUAGCUCCUCUUAAAAAGAAGUUAAAAAAGCAAAGGAAGUUCGCUCCUUGGUAUAACUCUCAAACCCGUAAGUUAAAACAAAUAUCGCAAAAAUUUGAAAGGGAUUGGCGAUUAACCAAACUGGAAGAAUCUCGUUUAAUCUGGACAGACAGUCUCAAAACUUAUAAGAGGGGCCUCCACAAUGCCAGAGCAAACUAUUACUCAGAAUUAAUAGAAGACAAUAAGAACAACCCCAGGUUUCUUUUCAGCACUGUAGCCAGGCUGACUGAGAGUCAAAGCUCUAUUGAGCCUUGUAUUCCUUUAGCCCUUAGCAGUAAUGAUUUUAUGAGCUUUUUUAAUGACAAAAUUCUAACUAUUAGAGGCAAAAUUCAUGACCUCCUGUCCUCAGAUAGUACCUAUCUAACCUCAAACACAGCUGUAAAACCUAAUAUAUAUUUAGACUGCUUCUCCCCAAUUUCUCUUCAAGAAUUGACUGUAGUGAUUUCUUCAUCCAAAUCAUCAACGUGUCUCUUAGACCCCAUCCCAACUAGGCUACUUAAGGAGGUCUUUCCUUUAGUUAACACUCAUAUAUUAGAUAUGAUCAAUAUAUCCGUAUUAACAGGCUAUGUACCACAGUCUUUUAAGGUAGCUGUAAUUAAACCUCUACUAAAAAAGCCCACCCUGGAUCCAGAGGUGUUAGCCAACUAUAGACCAAUAUCUAAUCUUCCCUUUAUGUCAAAGAUCCUUGAGAAAGUAGUCGCAGACCAGCUGUGUGAUUUUUUUCCAUGAUAAUAAUCUAUUUGAGGAAUUUCAGUCAGGAUUUAGAGUGCAUCAUAGCACUGAGACAGCACUAGUUAAAAUUACAAAUGACCUUCUGAUUGCUUCAGACAGGACUUGUCUCUGUACUUGUUUUAUUAGAUCUUAGUGCGGCGUUUGACACAAUUGACCAUCAAAUUCUACUGCAGAGACUGGAUCACUUAAUUGGCCUAAAAGGUUCUGCACUGAGCUGGUUUAAAUCUUAUUUAUCUGAUCGUUUUCAGUUUGUUCACGUUCAUAAUGAAUCGUCCUUACAUACCAAAGUUUGUUUUGGAGUUCCGCAAGGUCCUGUGCUCGGACCAAUCCUAUUUACUCUAUAUAUGCUUCCUUUAGGUAACAUCAUUAGAAAUCACUCUAUAAAUUUCCAUUGUUAUGCGGAUGAUACACAGUUGUAUUUAUCGAUGAAGCCAGAAGAAAGUAAUCAAUUAACUAAACUCCAUAACUGCCUUAAAGACAUAAAAACCUGGAUGAGCACCAAUUUCCUGAUGUUAAAUUCAGACAAAACUGAAGUUAUUGUUCUUGGCCCCAAACAACUCAGAGACUCUUUAUCUGAUGACAUAGUUUCUCUAGAUGGCAUUGCUCUGGCCUCUAGCACUACCGUAAGAAACCUCGGAGUAAUAUUUGAUCAAGAUUUGUCUUUUAAUUCUCAUUUAAAACAAACCUCACGGACUGCAUUUUUUCAUCUGCGUAAUAUUGCGAAAAUUAGGCCUAUCCUGACCCGAAAAGAUGCAGAAAAAUUGGUCCACGCUUUUGUUACCUCAAGGCUGGAUUACUGUAACUCUCUGUUAUCAGGUAGCUCUAGUAAGUCCUUAAAAACUCUCCAGCUAAUUCAGAAUGCAGCAGUACGUGUACUAACAGGAACUAAGAAACGAGAUCAUAUUUCUCCUGUUUUAGCUUCUCUGCACUGGCUCCCUGUAAAAUCCAGAAUUAAAUUUAAAAUCCUACUGUUAACUUAGGUCUAAAUGGUCAAGCUCCAUCAUAUCUUAGAGAGCUCAUCGUGCCUUAUUAUCCCACCAGAACUCUGCGCUCUGAGAACGCAGGGUUACUCGUGGUCCCUAAAGUCUCCAAAAGUAGAUCAGGAGCCAGAGCCUUCAGCUAUCAGGCUCCUCUCCUGUGGAAUCAUCUUCCUGUUACGGUCCGGGAGGCAGACACCGUCUCCACACUUAAGACUAGACUUAAGACUUUCCUCUUUGAUAAAGCUUAUAGUUAGGGCUGGCUCAGGCUUGCCCUGUACCAGCCCCUAGUUAGGCUGACUUAGGCCUAGUCUGCCGGAGGACCCCCCUAUAAUACACCGGGCACCUUCUCUCCUCUCUCUCGCUCUCGCUCUCGUAUUCUAUUACUGCAUCUUGCUAACUCGGCCAUUCUGGAUGUCACUAACUCGGCUUCUUCUCCGGAGCCUUUGUGCUCCACUGUCUCUCAGAUUAACUCAUAUCGCAGCGGUGCCUGGACAGCGUGACGUGUGUGGUUGUGCUGCUGUUGUAGUCCUGCCAGAUGCCUCCUGCUGCUGCUGCUGCCGUUAUUAGUCAUUAGUCAUACUUCUACUGUUAUUAUACACAUAUGACUAUUGUCACACUUGUAUACUGCCAGAUAUUAAUACAUACUUUCAACAUAUUGUACCGCAGUAGCCAGAACUAUAACUAUAAUAUUAUUACUUUCAAUAAUGUUGUUGUAAACUACUGUCAUUACCUGCAUCUCUCUCUCUCUCUCUCUCUCUCUCUCUCUCUCUCUCUCUCUCUCUCUCUCUCUCUCUCUCUCUCUCUAUUUCUCUGUCUCAUUGUGUCAUGAGGAUUACUGUUAAUUUGUUAUGCUGAUCUGUUCUGUACGACAUCUAUUGCACGUCUGUCCGUCCUGGAAGAGGGAUCCCUCCUCAGUUGCUCUUCCUGAGGUUUCUACCGUUUUUUUUCCCCGUUAAAGGGUUUUUUUUGGGGAGUUUUUCCUUAUCCGCUGCGAGGGUCAUAAGGACAGAGGGAUGUCAUAUGCUGUAAAGCCCUGUGAGGCAAAUUGUGAUUUGUGAUAUUGGGCUUUAUAAAUAAAAUUGAAUUGAAAAAGUGGAGUCGCAAAAACCAUCAAGCGCUACAACGAAACUGGCACACAUGAGGACCGACCCAGGAAAGGAAGACCAAGAGUCACCUCUGCUUCUGAGGAUAAGUUCAGAGACCAGAUGAAUGCCACACAGAGUUCUAGCAGCAGACCCAUCUCUAGAACAACUGUUAAAAGGAGACUGCGCGAAUCAGGCCUUCAUGGUCAAAUAGCUGCUAGGAAACCACUGCUAAGGAGAGGCAACAAGCAGAAGAGAUUUGUUUGGGCCAAGAAACACAAGGAAUGGACAUUAGACCAGUGGAAAUCUGUGCUUUGGUCUGAUGAGUCCAAAUUUGAGAUCUUUGGUUCCAACCACCGUGUCUUUGUGAGACGCAGAAAAGGUGAACGGAUGGAUUCCACAUGCCUGGUUCCCACUGUGAAGCAUGGAGGAGGAGGUGUGAUGGUGUGGGGGUGUUUU